UGGGCGGGGCCUAGGCCGAGCAGCUCCAGAGGCUGCGAUUUCACAUCGGAAACAAAACAGCGGCUGCUCGGGAAGGAGCCUCCCCUGCCAGGGGCCGGUGUCGGCGGCGAGGGAAGAGUAGACCUGAUCCGGGAGCCUGCAAAUGACAGCAGCCUGAGAGGUCCUUAGAAAGCUUGGCUUGGAGGAGAACACAUGAAAGAAAGAACCCCAAGAGGUUUUGUUUUCUGUGAAAAAGUAUUUCUAUACGCUUGCUCCAAUGACAGAGUUACCUGCACCCUUGUCUUACUUCCAGAAUGCACAGAUGUCCGAGGACAACCACCUGAGCAAUACUGUACGUAGCCAGAAUGACAGUAGAGAACGGCUUGAGCAUAGCAGUGAAAGGCGGAGGCGUGGCAACCCUGAGCUAUCUAACGGACGACCCCAGGGUAACUCACGGCAGGUGGUGGAACAAGAUGAAGAAGAAGAUGAAGAGCUGACGUUGAAAUAUGGCGCCAAACAUGUGAUCAUGCUCUUUGUCCCGGUGACCCUCUGUAUGGUGGUGGUCGUGGCUACCAUCAAAUCAGUCAGCUUCUAUACCCGGAAGGAUGGACAGCUAAUCUAUACCCCAUUCACAGAAGACACCGAGACCGUGGGGCAGAGAGCCCUACACUCAAUUCUGAAUGCUGCUAUCAUGAUCAGCGUCAUUGUUGUCAUGACUAUUCUCCUGGUGGUUCUGUAUAAAUACAGGUGCUAUAAGGUCAUCCAUGCCUGGCUUAUUAUUUCAUCUCUGUUGUUGCUGUUCUUUUUCUCAUUCAUUUACUUGGGGGAAGUGUUUAAAACCUACAAUGUUGCCAUGGACUACAUUACUGUUGCACUCCUGAUCUGGAAUUUUGGUGUGGUGGGAAUGAUUGCCAUUCACUGGAAAGGGCCGCUGCGACUCCAGCAGGCAUAUCUCAUUAUGAUCAGUGCCCUCAUGGCCUUGGUAUUUAUCAAGUACCUCCCAGAGUGGACAGCAUGGCUCAUCUUGGCUGUGAUUUCAGUAUAUGAUUUAGUGGCUGUUUUGUGUCCAAAAGGCCCACUUCGUAUGCUGGUUGAAACAGCUCAGGAAAGAAAUGAAACUCUCUUUCCAGCUCUCAUUUACUCCUCAACAAUGGUGUGGUUGGUGAAUAUGGCAGAAGGAGACCCAGAAGCCCAAAGGAAGGUAUCCAAAAACUCCAAUUGUAAUGCACAAAGCACAGAAGGUGAGUCCCAAGACCCUGUGACAGAGAGCGAUGAUGGUGGCUUCAGUGAAGAGUGGGAAGCCCAGAGGGACAACCGCCUAGGGCCUCAUCACUCCACGACUGAGUCACGAGCUGCUGUGCAGGAACUUUCCAGCAGCAUCCUAGCCAGUGAGGACCCAGAAGAAAGGGGAGUAAAACUUGGAUUAGGAGACUUCAUUUUCUACAGUGUUCUGGUUGGUAAAGCUUCUGCAACAGCCAGUGGAGACUGGAACACAACCAUAGCCUGUUUUGUAGCCAUAUUAAUUGGUCUGUGCCUUACAUUAUUACUCCUCGCCAUUUUCAAGAAAGCUCUGCCAGCUCUUCCGAUCUCUAUCACCUUUGGGCUUGUUUUCUACUUUGCCACAGAUUAUCUUGUACAGCCCUUUAUGGACCAGUUAGCAUUCCAUCAAUUUUAUAUAUAGUAUAUUUGCAAUUAGAAUCCCAUGGAUUUUUCUCCUUUGACUAUAAUUAAACCUGGGGAGGACAAAGAUGAUUUUACUGUGUCCACAUCUAACAAAGGCAAGAUUCCCAGCUGGACUUUUGCAACUUCCUUCCAAGUCUUCCUGACCACCUGUACCAUUGGGCACUGGAAGAAGAUGUCUACAGAAAAUGGUUUUGAACACGCGUCAUCGUGACGGACUGAGUCCCUCGGUGCAAAAACUACCAGAUUUGAGGGACAAGGAUGAGGAGGAGGGACGGACCAAGAAGUUGCUGUGCUCCCACCAGCAAUUUGACCCUUGGUCACAGGUGGAUUUUACCAACACUGCAGACUCUCAGGACUACCAUUACCGAGAAGUUAAAUGACACGGUUUAAACCAAACAGGACUCUUCAUCUUAAACUACAUGUUGAAGAUCAACCUAAUAAACCUGUAUUGAACUCUGAACCUUUUCAGGAGGUACUGUAAGGAGAGCAGGCACCAGCAGCAACACGAAAAGGUUUUUGAAAAGGGGCUCUAACUUUCACUUUCAAACCUUUCUGCUGCAGACUUAUCAUUUUUAAAUAAGACUUUUUUUUUUUUUCACCUUGAGUCAAGUCAGAUAUGUAGGUUGAUUUUGAAAAUUUUUGUUUUCAAGCACUGAAACUCAUCUAUGGUUGCAUUUCUUCCCAUGGCCAGUCUGAACUUACUUGCUUUAUCCUAAAAGUCUUAACCUCAGGUUCCAAAUUCAGUAAUUUCUGGAAAGAAUGGAACUAUAUCUAAACGGUUUCCUGUCAGCCUUAGGUGAAUUCUGGGUUUUCCACCAAAUUCUUUAUUUUUAGACAUACUUGUAGGUUUACUUGCCCUGGAUGCUUCCAUUGUUCCCAUCUCUCCCUGACUCCCCAUAAGCAUUCUCUUCUACAGCAAAUGAGACAGCUCUGUUGUGGUAGCAGAUGAUCCAGUUAUUCUAGGAUUUUACUCUUUGUGUGGUGCAAAGAAUGUGUUAAUGAAUCAGUGCUGUCAGCCUCACUGUCAUAAUUUCUUCAGUAGCAAAUACAAUGUGUGCCCAAAGACAGUAGAAUUAAAGAAGAGUAAAAUGGCUGGUGAAGCA